CCAUGAUUCUGAGCUCCACCCCGGAAGAUGGAGUCAGGAGGGCUCCACCCUGGCAGACGGGAGGUCUCUGCCUUGGAGUCAGGUGGAAGCCAGACUAGCUGUGUGCUAGUGGCCAGCUGUGUGCCCUAUUUUGGAAAGAGUCUGCAGGAGACAGACGGAAAUCGGUGUACUAGCCAGAAGGCUGAAUAUGGUUUGAUGGUGGAUACCCCUGCGUGGGAAGCAUUUUUUUUUAUGGAACUUUUUCUUUUAAAUAAACUUGGGCAAAAAGGCCCUUAAAGAAGCGAGUUGCUGUGUGCUUUAACAAGAAAAGCACUACCAUUUUGAAGCGAUUUCUCACAAUAUAUAUAUAU